AUGACGCUGAGGAAAUUCCAAGAACUCUCCCUCCCAAUAUCUACUGUGAUCGAAACUGGUGUCUCAUCGGAUGCCGGCGGCGGGCGCCACGCCAGUGUUUUUGAAGAAAAUGCUGACAACACUCAUGAGAGCAAAAUGCCUGACACCCCGGAUACGAAACGAUUCAGAUUUAAAGGACCAUGGCUAGCGGGACAAAGCCCUGCCGAAUUUAAUAUAUACUUAAAAACUAUUAGAAAACAAAGGCCACAAUUUUUGGAAAAACUUCGUCAUAUCCUCGCGGAGCGCAAAGUUUUGGAAGCACGCAAAGAGCUUUUGGAUCGGGGCGAGCCCCUACAAGAACAGCAAGUUCCGCAGGAAUUAGGCGACGAGGAAUUUGAGGCAGCUCUUAGGUCCUUACGUGCAAACCCAGAGUCACUUGGGCCCGAAGUCCAUAAAUUCCUUGAUUUGGCCACACCACCAACUUGCCCUAACCAAUAUCUAAAACGACGCCGCUGGGUAGCCGGGCCUUCCAACAUAUCCUCCACCGAAUAUGCAAACCAUGGGCCUCCGAUGACACAUCCGUCUGCGGGCUUGUCAUACCUUCGUACCAAAGCAUAUAUGGACAACCACCCGGUUGCCGGGCCACAACAACAGCACAAACCCGUUCAAGCCCGUGUUCUUGGCGCUCGGAAAUCGCAUAAACUACAAACUGUGGUUGGCGUUGCUGGAAUAGUUUUGGAGGAUGCGAAAUCGCAGGGAUGGAGGCAGAAUAAUAUAAGGGUGACAGCCGGCAUUGAUCCCGACGUUCCCGGUGGCUCUAAAUAUUGGGUAAAGGCUGAAAGAGCAGCUGUGCGGUCAGACGGAAAACUCGGACUACAGGUUGGCCGACCAUCAGAGGCUUCAAAAUCUCUUCUUGGGAUCUACGAACGUAAACGAGAGGGCUCCAUCUCCCUCCCGAACAGUAUCCUAAAGCAGGGUGUCCCGAGACUUGAUCGCAAAUGA